UCAGGUUGUUGUGAGAUUAUAUAGUCUGAGUCAACCUCAUUUACUUCGCAAAUGGCUCAAAGCUGCAUGAAUUCGUUUCUGAUUUUGCUUGCAGCAGCAUUGGCAGUAGAUGCAGUAGUGUUCUCAGUGGGAUUUCAGCUAAACUGUACUCGAAUGCCACAACGUGAGGGAAACGUGUCGAGUCCGAACCAACUUUUCUGGGUAGAUGUUUGGUUGGUGCAGAAAGGCUCGUAUGGUAAGGAUAAUGUGCUCUCCUCUCGAACAAAGAAAAGCCUAAGUGGUGAUUCACAAAUGAAUUUCGCACUGACGACAGAGGACGUCAAUGAAGGACUUUUGGAUGGCAAGCAUGAAUUGUAUCUACACAUAAAUCAUAACUGCGGUGUGAAGCGUAAUAAGAAGACUAGACACGCCACGAAAAUUGUGGAAGUGGGCGCCAUGGACCCCAACAACAAGUUGAAGUUGUUGGGCACAAUCAACUUACCAUAGACUCUUAACACUUUGUCAGGAAUUUCAAAACGUUUACGAUAAAGUGUUUGGUGU